AUGGGUCGCCUCCAGGACCUCUGUGGCCCUGGUGACCAUGACAAAGCCAAAGACGAUUGGACCUCUGAGUAUGUGAGGCAUUUACUGUCGAGAAAUGUCCUCCAGUCAUGUUUUCCAGCAGAAACGCCAGAGGCAGACGCUGCGACCAAGAAAGACAAGGGCAAGGGUCCCAUGACAGAUGCCUUUUCGCCUGCCUUUUGGUAUCCUCCUCCAGGCAUCUGCUUAUUUUGUAAUCAGCGCCGUACUUCGAGCGCCGGUCCCGGAUCUUCCCCAUCGCUUACCUCAAACACCACGAUGAACACCGACACCGUCAUGCCGCGGCUCCCAGACAUCAGGGCGGCCACUCCCGAGACAUCGACUUCGGGGGGGAGCUCAAGUGCUCCUCCGUUGCCUAUGCUCUCGAACAGCGGACCAUCCAGCUCUGGCUCCCGUUCUGGCUCCCGUUCUGGCUCCCAUCCUGGCUCCCAUCCUGGCUCCCGUCCUGGCUCUAGUUUUGGAACAUUCAAACUUGUUAUUCGGCCUCAUCCACGAUAUGCCACUGAACCAGGCACGACACCCCUUCCGAGCCAGCAGCCGCAAAAGCUAUGUCCUACGCCCGAACCAACGAAAUCCUCUGCAAUGUGUCACAAGGUAUUCAACGCCUUUGGUGAAUGUAACUUUACUGCCGUCGAAGUUGCACGACAUUCCCGCGACGGCGCAAAUGAGCCAGUUCCUCUCGGCGGGCUUCCAAAGUGCAGGUGCAGAAUUGAAACGGUAUGCUAUCGGCCAGCAAGCGGCAACGGCAACGAGGAUAUCCCGCCGCUUCCCCUGUCGAUUCCGGGGAGGCCGAUGACAUCUCCGCGCGAGCCAGGCCACCACGGGAUCCAUCUUCGCGACGACGCAGCCGAUACCUACAUAGAAUGCGCAGUGCAUCUCUAUUUCUGUUCACUGGAAGGCAAAGUCAAUGACAUGCGCUUCUGGUAUCGCAACGACACGAUGCACUUCAACCAGAUGAUGAAGCUACAGCUGGAUGUUGAGACAUUGGCCCGCAGGAUGGCCGUUGCUCUGGCGAUUAUGCAUUGGUUCGCCCGCAUCGAUGCCCGUGGAGUUCAAUUUUACCUCUUCAGCCAAUGGCAAAGGAUCCAGGGGCGACAACUCCCACAGGAUGGUCUUCAGCCCGGCCAAUCACUCGCAUCUCUUGCUGAGGGCCAAACCCACCUCCGAGUCGGUCACUUCAAGGAAGCCCAGAUAAUGGAAAUGAAUGAAGACGGCGUGAAGAUGGCCGUGGAAGCGGUGAAGUGCAGCAUCUAUAUCCCAAGACCUAACCAGAAACUACCGGCCCAGAGGCGGACGUGGGACGCUUUUGUCUCUAGCUACAUUGCGGCUUCUGAGAUGAUCCUGACGCACAAGGGUGGGAACUCGAGCUUGCCGCGCCUCUUUAUUUACAAGGUAAUUACUGAGGAGCGGCACUGGGAGAUUCCAUACUGA